AUAACCAAACGGACCCUUCUGGAACCCCAUGAGGCACGCUUCACUAGAGUAUACUGCAGCUUGCUCACUAGAUAAUCAGACAACGAACUUUCAGAUCUUUAAUGACCUUACUUACCUCUGUGGGGUAACACAAGAAAAGCUUUGAGGAAAGGGAUAACAACCGCUUAAAUAAUCUGUUGGACGUGCGUUAGUCCAAUGGGUUAGAGUAAGAUUAUUUAACAAGAUUUUUUUUAUACUGUUUUUAUACUGUCUGCUUGCGUUUUAGACGUAAUUUAUGAUAUUUCAUUACUCCAUUUUAAACACAGUACCGGUCUUCACAUACAAAAAAGUAAGAAUAUGGAACAUGAACUAGCCGCCACCUUCCACAGGUGUGCAAUAACCUAUCGGCCCACGGAGAGAGAAAUGUUCUGGUCCAGAGAGAGUUCAGCGUCUUUACCUUUUAUAAUAGCAUCAUCAUGUCCGUCAUUCCACUUAUCUUCGUGCUGUUCAUGGGAGCUUGGAGUGACAAAUAUGGCAGGAAGAUUCCCUUGUUAAUAACGCUGACUGCUCAUGUAAUGUAUGCUGGAGGAUAUCUUUUGAGCAACUGGCAGACGUCUUGGCCCGUCGAGGUCAUCUACUUCGUCACCGUCUUGGAGGCUUUGGGCGGCGGCAACGUGGGCCUCUUGUCUACCACCAUCAGCUACAUCAGUGAUAUUUGCCCCGAGAAAACUCGCACCUCUCGAAUCAGCACAGCUAACUCUCUGUGGUACCUCGGGGGUCCUGUGGGCACUCUAGUUGGAGCGCUAGUCAUCGAGUACGGCGGCUAUAACUUGGCUCUCCUGCUGGUUCUGCUGGCCUACUUCUUGGCCGUCCUGUACGUGGUGUUCGUCAUCAAAGAAUCGCACGGACCUUUCGCCAAGACGGAUUUGCAGGCCCACGAAUCAGCCAAGCAAGAACCAAGUCCCGACGGCAAGGGUGUGUCCAAGCUGCGCAUGGUGUCCGAUUUCUUCAACUGGCGGCGUGUAGUCGAGUCCUUCAAGACGGCGUUCAGACGGCGCGAGGGCAACACUCGAAUAAUUCUUCUGGCCAUUGUCUUAUGCAACAUGAUUCGGCGGGCUGCUAGAGGUUUCUUCAUGUACAUGUUUGUGCGUCGGGCGCUUAGUUGGGAGGCUACCGACUAUGGCUACUGGGCCACAUAUCGGAAUCUGCUGGCGGCCAUUGGUUCGCUGCUGCUGGUCCCGGUCCUAACCAAGUCACUGGCAACCACGGACGUUUUAUUGAUAAUAAUGGGAUCUGCUUCCCUUAUCGGAGAAUAUAUCUGUUACGGCCUUGUCAGCGGCUUGCCUCAGACGUUCCUCAUGUGGCUUGGGCCUCCUGCCGGAAUAAUUUCAAACGCCAGCGUCAUCGCUUUCAGAUCCAUGUCCACUAAGCUUGUCACCAAAGAAGAAAAAGGUCGCAUCAGUGCUGUCAUGGCCGCCAUGAACGGCUUGAUGCCCAUGGUCGCCUACGCCGCCUAUUCCCCCAUUUAUUACGUGACUGUCGAGACCUUCCCCGCAGCACAGUUCUUCUUCGGGGCCUCACUCAACUUCUGCGUCGUCGUCAUGUUCAC